AUGUCUGACCCGAUCCCUCCCUCAAAAACCACCUCGCUCAAGCGCAACUUCCAAAUGCACCCCUCCCUCCUCCGCUACGCCCUCCCUUUAUCCAAAUUCGCCCGUCUCCCCUCCAACGCAGGAGAACAAAUCUGGGUAGGGCUCAUCAUCGUCGGCAAGGGAGAGGUCCUCUCCCCUUCUGGACCGGAAGGAACCAAGCCCAAGCCCACGGCGCUUCUUGUCCGCCGGACCUCCUCCGAGCCCGCUACCGCUGUCAACUGCUGCUCUGAUCCCACUGUCGAGUCAGGCCCACUGAGCUCAGGCCAAAGCAUACAUGUCACGAGAGACACCGCCCGCCUGCCGAUAUUCGAAGACGGGUACGACCUCCCCUCCCUCCCCGCCGAAUUUGGGACAGACCAGACCCUCCUCGAGGCGGUAGAUCGGUGCGCCAGAGAAGUGACCGGAAAGGGGGCGAAGGAGAUCGUCAGGUUCUUGGGGAGAGGGGACUAUGAUCUUGUUUCGCCUGCAUCAGCUAGAAGUGUGGCGGAGGUGGCGGAGACGGGCGAAAAGACAUGUGCAGCUGCCGCUGUGGGCCGCGCGGUGAGGUACGAUUUCCUCGUCAAGCUCCAUCAGGGGGAGAUGGUGUUGCCUGAAGGGACGGAGGGGAAGUGGGAGGGCACGGAUGAGAGCUGGAGGGUGAUGAAGCGGGUUCCGGCGGCAACUGCGGCGGGAGCGGGGGCGGCGGUGUCAGAGUUAGAGGAAUGA